UUCAUUUCAUACUCUAUCUUCCCUUUCCUUAUAUCUCCUAAUCUAAUCAAGAUAUAACUCACCACAUCCUCAACAAUCUCACUCCAAAUUUCCCAAACAUUUCCACACAAAAAAUUUGGAUUUUUUUUUUUUUGGCCCAUUUGGCAUUUCAUUAGCUUAUUUUACCAACAAACUUCUAAAUCCUUGUUCUUCAUAUACUAAUAGUAUAUUGAGUGUGAGUCCUUUUCUUUUUUUUUUUUUUUUUUGCAAUUCAUCAACACCAUAUCCUCCCAAAAGUUUUCUCUCCUUAGUAAUCAUAUUUCAUAUAUACAAACAUAUACCCUUUUGCAAUCCUUGAAUGGCUAAUACUAUGAAAUAAUCAACCAAGCAUAUUUAUUGAAAUUAAAGGCCUUAGCUUUAACAAAGGGUAAUCCUAUUCACUUGUUAGAUUUAUCUUUCAUAAAAUGGAAGAGAACAUGAAGUGUGAAAAAAUUGGUCUCAUUAGUGAACUAAUGCAAGGGGAGGAGCUAACAAAGAAGCUUUAUGACCAACUCUUCUCUCCAUCAUCAUCAUCAUCAUCAUCAUCAUCAUCAUCACCAUCACCAUCAACAUCAUCACAUGUAUCUAAUGAAGUCUUAAUUGACAAAAUACUUUUGUCCAUUGAAAAAGCACUCACCAUGGUGAAGGGUAAUGUGGGACAAAUUAAGACAAACAAUGUCAACAUAAUUGAUUCUUAUUGUUCAAAUGGAACUCCCAAAAGUGAGAUUCAAGACUCAAAAUUCAAGCACAAACAUGUCUCCAAGAAAAGAAAAACCAUGCCUAUGUGGACAGAGCAAGUAAAGUUAUACUUAGGAACAGCACCUGAGGGGUCUAUGGAGGAUGGUUACAGCUGGAGAAAGUAUGGACAAAAGGAUAUUCUUGGAGCUAAGUUUCCAAGAGGAUAUUACAGAUGCACACAUAGAAAUGCACAAGGUUGUCUAGCUACUAAGCAAAUGCAAAAAUCAGAAGAAGAUCCAAUGAUUUGUGAGAUAACCUACAAAGGAAGACACACAUGCACCCAAGCAAGUAAUUUGAACAAGACACACCCAUCAAAAAUAAAGUUGACAUUUGGAAAAAAUAAAUCACAACAACUUCAUCAAAAGAAUCAACCACAAGAUCAAGAGAAAAUACAAUCACUCCAACAAAUAAUUUUCUCUAAAAUAGAGGAAUUUGACAACAUAUUUCCACCAUUCACCUUUUCAUCUCAAUCUAUUGGAUCUCAAAAUGAGGAUAACAACAUAUUUUUAGAGACCAAUAUGAUUGAAAACAAUUUCAUGGAAAAUGAGAACAACAACAACAACAACAUAUUUUUAGAGUCAAACAUUUUCAGCUUGUCACCAAUCCAUUUGGAGAGCAAUGGACUAGGCCCAUGUGAGUCUGACAUUUCAGAGAUAAUUUCAGGCCCAAAUUCAGUUGUCAAUUCACCAAUAGAUUUGGAUAUCUUUGAUGACAUAAAUUUCGACAUGGAUUUCACCAUCAACGCACAAGAACUUUGUUGAUGAUCAAUUGUGCACGGAUUAACUUGUGAGUUUUGUAGAUUAAGAUUAGUAAAAUUGAAGAGGGGAUGAAUUAUAUAAUAAAUAUAUUGUGUCCAAAAAUGAAGAAAAAAAGAAACUUCAUUCUCAUGAUAGGUAAGAGAGUUUUUUGUACUUAGGAUGUAAUGUGAAAAUACUUUGUGUAAGUUUUAGCUAUAGUAUUUCACUAAUUUAUGGUAUGCUAGUUCUAUUGUAACUUAGUCAUCUACAAUAUGUUUUCUUCUUGCUCAAGGAGAGGAAGAAAUUGUGAAAUAAAUUAUGAUAUUGAAAUUAAACAUCUUUAAAAAUGA